UGACAACAACAAGCUGCUCUCCCAGAUUAGCGGGAGAGGGACGGAGGAAGCCAGAGACAAGAGAGUUGGGGGCGGCCGACUUACCUAUCACAGCCAAAAGUGGGCAUGGGGUUAUUUUUAAACUGGAAGGGGCCGUAUUUAUUGUUUCGGCCGGGGGAGAAGGGAGGGACUGCCUCCGAGAUUCCUCCUGCAGCAGCAGCAGCGGCCGAGCGGAGUCAUGGCACCCAAGAAAGCCAAGAAGAGGAUCGAGGGUGCUAAUUCCAACGUCUUCUCUAUGUUCGAGCAGGCCCAGAUCCAGGAAUUCAAAGAGGCAUUCACCAUCAUGGAUCAGAACCGCGACGGCUUCAUCGACAAGGCGGAUCUGAGAGACACCUUCGCUGCGCUUGGGCGCCUGAAUGUGAAAAACGAGGAGAUUGACGAGAUGAUAAAGGAGGCGCCUGGACCAAUUAACUUUACUGUGUUCCUGACCAUGUUUGGAGAGAAACUCAAGGGUGCUGACCCAGAGGAAACCAUCCUGAACGCGUUCAAGGUGUUCGACCCGGAGGGGAAAGGCCUGAAAUCAGCCUACAUCAAGGAAAUGCUGAUGACGCAGGGCGAGAGGUUUUCCCAGGAAGAGAUUGAUCAGAUGUUCGCAGCCUUCCCUCCAGACGUCUCCGGCAACCUCGAUUACAAAAACCUCGUCCACGUCAUUACCCACGGUGAAGAGAAGGACUAGCCCGCUCGCACCCUCAGCACAGGGGCCGGCAUCAUGGGAUCACC